CAAGCCACUAUAUUAAUUGGCAAAAUUUUCUUUGCGUCAUUCACAGAUGACGAAUACCGUAUCAUCGAGUUCAAGGAACCAAUAGAGAACAAGGUAAUGAAGGAUCACGUGAUCAGAAGUGCAGAGGUCAUUAAUGAAGGGAGCUGCCGAGUGAUGUGUUAUAUGGAACCCAACUGUGUGUCCAUUAAUUUCGGACCUUCUCACGGCGGGAAAUACAGAUGUGAAUUGAAUAGCGCCACCGAUGAAGACGACUUGACCGUCCUUGAGGAAAAGCCAGCUUUCACCUUCCUAGCUAUCGAGAAUCCCUGUAGUACCAGUCCGUGUUUAAAUGGAGGUACUUGUCAAGUUGGAUUCACCAGUAAAGGUUUUCGUUGCAUCUGUCGCACUGGAUUCCCAGGAACGAACUGUCGUCCAGCAAAGUCUUGCAGCGACUUAAAGAAGCUUGACCCUACAGUGGAAAAUGGUACUUACGUCAUUGAUCCAGAUGGUGAAGGAGACAUGCCACCUUAUAACGUCGCCUGUGAUAUGACUGACAAGAAAAGAGUUGGCGUGACCGUCAUAAGUCACGACAGUGAAAACAGAACGCUGGUGGAUGGAUGUAAACGUCACGGUUGUUACAAACGUGACAUUAACUACACAGGAGCAAGUCUUCUUCAGCUGGCAAAGCUCACUACCGUUUCCGCACGCUGUGAACAGUUCAUCAAGUAUGCAUGCCGAAAGUCUAAACUGUUUAACAACCAAACAAACAAAGUAAUCGGAUGGUGGGUGUCACGCGAUGGCAAUAAUAUGAAGUACUGGGGCGGAGCAUCACCUGGUAACGGAGAACAGAUUUGCGCAUCCGGGAUGAAUAAUUCCUGCGCACGCACCGGCCUUGUUUGUAACUGUGAUAACAACGACAAUAAGUGGCGAGAGGACAGCGGUCUCCUCACUGACAAGACCCAUCUUCCAGUUAAACAGCUGAGGUUUGGAGAUACUGACGGCGGCCGCGAGAAAGGCUACCAUACAUUGGGAAAGUUCAAGUGCUAUGGAAUUGCCUGAUUGUAAACAGAAUUCCAUUAUGUUUUUCAUCCAGCUUCUUUCUCAGUGCCUUUGCUCCCAAAUGGUCAGCUAGCUUCUUAAAUUGGGAAAAUCUUUGCUGUUUUGAAAAAAAGUCACCGGACGAUUAACUAGGAAAGUUCUAAAUAAGUAAAAUUUGGUGUUUGUGACGGCAUAAAAUUUUGGGGGGCUGACACGUUUGCAUAUUAGUCCUUAAAACAUUUGCAAGUGCUUAUUCAUUCCACAUUGUGCGAGAAUAAUUAUGUGAUUACUUUUUAAUAAUAUACUUGAAAAGAGACCCUUAAAGGUCUUUUAACUGUGACGUAAUAUGAAUUGUUUACAUAGGCGGGCUGUAGUGUCCUUGCUUUACCAAAUAUCUUCGAAAAGUACCGAAACAUUCGCAAUUAAUCUCCAAAACUGUUGAAGAAUCUUCGACAAUCUUCGGAUGAUCUUCCUUAAUCGUCUGAUGAUCUUCAGAACCCUUCGGAAUUGUGCGGCGAUCGUCAGAAGUGUUCGGGUGAUUUUCAGAAAAGAUUCGGGUGAUGUUCAUAAAUACGUACAUACUCGGAGUGGUUUGGAUGCUCCUCGAAAGUGUUCGGAAAAAAGUCUAGUUAUCUUCGCUUAUCUUCGGAAAGCUUCGAGGUGACCACAGACCGCCUUUGAAUACUUCGGAUGACGGUCGUAGUCUUAGAGUGUCUCCGUACUAACCUCGAAAAUCUUCGUGGUAAUUUACACUUGUUUUACACCUUCUGCACUGUUCUACACUUGAACUGCAUCGCUCUUAGUUAGUUCGAAUCGAGUACGUUUUUUUAAAGUGUAUAGCGGGGCAUCGCGACUGUAACGCAGAGAUGUUAACCUCAGAUCAAGUCAAACCCUAAGUGUUGUCAGGCUUGUGUGAACGUGCUCACUAUAAAUUGCCAACAUUGAUCCGUUCUUUACUUUACACUCAUUAUGCACACUGUUUACUUCUGACUUCGUUUUAGCCGCGGUCAUCAUCGCUAGUGCGACGCAAUUAAAAAUGCUACUACCCAAGUCUCCGAUUUCGCCUAAGGAGCCACCAGUGUUAAAGGCCAAGACCUUAUUGCGGUCUGUUUAAUGUAUAACACUCAAAACCAGAAGUUUCUCUUUUUGUCAAGGAGAAAAAUGGCAUCCUAGCUGAUUGAAUAGCUUAUCCGCAACGAAGUCAGAAAGGAGAAGGCAAACUGCGGCUGAUAAUAAUUUAAGAGAGCUAUAAUGACAAAGCGACUGCGCGCUAAACUGUCCAAAGCGAAAUACGAGUUUUCACAUGCCCCAUCUAAAUACAUAGGCUAUAAAAUCGUUCAAGCUCUGAAACUCGUUACAACAAUAAACAACACAUUAGCAUUCAGAGACAUCUCGUUAAACUCCAAAACUCCUCUUUACCGUUUUAGAGAGACUUGGCCGUUGUUAGAACGUUGGAAGUAAAACACUUUCCUCGUCACGUUUAUUGGUGUUUGUUAACGAGAGGUAAACCUCUUAGCCGCUAUAGACCAAAUAGUUGUUUUAUAAUUUAUGACUGUCGCUUAAAGAUUGACAUCAGUCAAUCAAUUGGAUACAGGUACCUUUAUUUAUUGCGUAGCUUGCGUGUAAACCUAUCCCGCUGUUUCCUUUACCUCUUUAGGUUAUCAAGGAAAAUAUAAAUAAAAUAUAGUUUGCAGUUUUCUUCCUUAAGAGGUUACCGUGUAGUAUUUGUAAAUUCGAUAUUCUGGUGUCUCCGAUGGGCAUUAUGGCCAAGAAAUGAUUGAAAUGAUUAGAAGGGAUAUUAUUCGCUCAUGGGUUGUGUAUUUUUUCAAUUCCUUUUAAUCCUGUUUACGGUAAUAUUUAUUCAUUCCACACGGGUAAAUAACAUUUUAUUAUAACGUCUAAACCUCCCUUGUAGAUUCCAGAUAUUAAAUUCCUGAGUAAAGCGAAUAGUAAUGUUAUUAUAAAUGAAUAAGGGCUGUACCUUUCUCGGAGAAAUAUUAAAAAUAAAUGGUAUCCUUUGCUACGCAUCUUAAUUCUUAACUUUUCGCUGUGCUCGUCAUAUC